AUGGCGGAGGUAAUUGUCACGGAUCAGAACAAGGGGGCCCGUAAGAUCGAGAUCAGCUUUGGUGAUGCCAAGCUGGUGAACUCAACUCCAAACAAGACACAUAAUCUCCAGUGCACCACCCUGGACCAGCUCAUUCCCUCCAGUAUAAAGGAGACUGGUGUCGUUCUCAUCAACGAUAGAAAUGGCACUUUGUUGAGCCGCUUGAAGGAUGAGACCUUUGAAACUCUGAAAUCCGUAGUCAGUGCAAACCUGCCCAUCGUCUGGUUGACCAGAGGCAUUCGGCAUGGUGCCUCCAUCUAUGAGGCAAUGAUCGGAGGUUUUCUGCGCGUCAUCCGGUCCGAGCAAGCCUCCGCACGUAUUGUUCUCUUGGAUGUAGAUCUGGUCGAGCAGCCGGUGGAUGUGGUCGAGGCUAUCCUGAGCAUCUCUCUAGACGUUCCUACAAAGGACUCCGGCAAGGACACGGAGUUUUGGCAACACAGGGGCAGGAUGUAUAUCCCUCGGGUGUAUUCAAACACAGAACUGAACACGGCAUGGCCUUCUUCGUCUGCCUUGACCUCUUGA